UGGAUGAAACACACUUUCAGAUACAGCGACAUAAAACAGAGAUACCAGGUCAAGUACUGGAAAAAGAACCAGUAUGAGAAGACUCUCCAGCAGUUAAACAUCAGCAAUGAUGAGCCUCCCUUCAUCUUCACCCUUCAGAUGCUGGCAUCAUCUACAGAAUAUAGGGGGAAAAUGCGUGCAAGGGUGAAUACGCCUCAGGAGUAUGAGGGGCCUUGGAGCGAAUGGAGUGAGGAGUUUGCCUGGAAGACUGAGAAUGUUCUGUCACCAGUGGUUCUCCCAGUGAUGAUCCCAGCUCUCAUCAUCACUUCGCUAAUAGUUGCUUAUUGCAGCUACAGGUAUUUCCUCAGGAAGAAGCAAAUAUGGGAGGAAAAGAUUCCAAACCCCAGCAAGAGUCUCCUGAUCCAGAGCUACCUGGGGGUAAGUGGGCAUUCUGUCAGCCAGUGGCCAGCCAACCAGGUGGGCUUCAAUGGGCAGAACACUUCUGAGGAGGUGGAGCAGAUCAACUGCUUCGAAGUGCUGGAUGGUUAUCACCUUAGUGAGCUGUCAGCUAGAGAGCUGAGUCCUGUGUUUUUUCACCUGUACAGGAUGACUAAGAGACCAGCAGAGUUCCAUGGAGCUGAGGUAAAAACAGGGCAGGCUUCCCAUGCUAGACUGGCUCCACAGAACUCCUGUCAGACUUCUGAAGUGCCACAUAAAUCCUCACUUUCAUCGUCCGCACUUGUCUGCCCACUGAAUCAGACUGCUGGUCCAUCCUGCCUGUUGGCAAGGCUUCCAUGCAAGAGUGCUGCUCAUGCAAAUAUCACUUCCCAGAAUUGCUUCGCUUUCAAUGGUCCGUACUUGUACAGCUCCAUGAUGUCCUCCCAGCCUGACAUGCAUCAGACUCUGGAAGUGGACUCAGUGGGAGUCCGGGAGAAAUCAGUUUCCCUUCAGUAUGUGACCCUCCCAAAGGAAGACUGUCUCCUGGCUGCACAGAGGAAAGAACAGCCAGGAGCAGGUCCUCCACAGCCCUUUCUGCUCCCAGAGAAGAAGGAAACAAUACAGCAACUUGACAAUAAGAAAGAAGUCUCGCCAGCCCCACCAGCCUGUGGGAAAGGCACAGAUGUAAGGACAGAAGAGCAGAAGUCUCCAAAGGCUCUGAGCAGCAUCACAUCUCCUCAGCACUGCUUCUUGGAGUACAUCACCACAGAGAGCCUGUUACUGCCAUCAGCCAGCGUCUCAGCGCUCCCACCACUCGCCACUGCUAGGGACUUACCUCAUGACUCAUAGGAGCCCCAGCCCUGCAGUGACCACUCUUGCCAUGAGUUUUCUCCUGAGAAAACUGGUGUCAUGGUCCCAGAUUCAGGUCAAGCACCAACCUCUUCUCCUGAAUUGCACCUGGAUAUGUUUAGAGACCUUUCAGGUCUCCAUGGACCUUCAGAACCCACAAAAAUGUCCUUAUAUAUUUCUAAAGUAUUUUUUUUUCCCAAAGAACUUGUGUUGCAGAACAACAUAGUCAUAUUUAAUCCUGGCAGCAUCAUAACAGUACUCCUCCAUUAUGGCUCAUUGCUACCUUGUACCCAACCUAAAACCCAGUAA